GUUAGUUGUUUGUAAGACGUUGAAGCGGCAAGUUCGGGUUUGAUGAGUUCACUGUGCGUUUAGUGACCCUCAUGCGCGGACUUACUGUACGAAACACAUUGGAAAAUUUCGCUGUGCAAUUUCUCCGUAUUUCCCUGUAGAUUUCAUGGAAAUUUUGUGGAUUUUCCAAGCAAAUAAUUGGCAUUAAAUUUGUAUUCAUUGUGUGGUACACCGCAGCAACAUUGACUCAAUUUCAUUUCCGCCAAUUAUCCAAUUGCCAUUGAUGAGUGUCUGCGCCCCUUAAUAGUGAAUUUUUACACAAAGUGUGGGUACUGGGAUGGAAUUUUACUGCGAUUGAUCGCAAGUGGUGGAUUUUUUGUGCGGGGGAUUUGGCAAUAUAAUCCCUCGUGGUUGGCCGAUAAGGUCGACAGCACGGUGGGGCUCCAACUCUUUUUGGGGAAAAGCUAACUCGGCUUUUAUUGUGGGGAAAAGUGAAAGAGGUGGUGGAAAAUUUCAAGUGUGCAAAAGUGAUAAAGGGUGUUUGUUGCAAAAAGGAUUUGCUGAACUGGAAGGAAUUCAUUGCCAAAAUGAUUUUUUCCGCUGGAAGAAAUUGAACGAGAACACUACAAGAGAUACUUACAGAAAAAUAAUAAAAUACUCAACUGAACACAACAUGAAUUAUUGGAUAUUGCUUGCAAUAUUUAUUUUUGCAACAGGUGGGGGUACAGGUGUAAAAAUUAAGGAAUUAAGUGUCCCACCAACGUAUGUGCUUGACGAGGAACCCAAUGCCGUCCGGCAGCCACUAAUCCUUGACUGUGAGUACGAAGUGGAUCCAGGAGAAUCGGGUUUUGUGCUCAAAUGGUUGCGAAAUGAGCAGCCUGUUUAUCAAUGGAUACCCGGCUCAAAGCCCUUCCCUUUGUCCUUCCUGCGUGGGCGUGUGGACACAAAGUACGAGGCUUCUGUGCAAUCUGAUUCAAAGCAUCGUGCUGUUGCCAUCAUAAGGCCUCAAUGGAAUAUGUCGGGCGAGUAUGCUUGCUCCGUUCAGACGUUUCAGUCUCAAGAUAGAAAAUCCGCUCAUCUUCUUAUAGUUGUACCCGAUAAGGACUUUCAAUUGAGCUACAAUUGCUGUGAUGAUGAGAAUUUUAUCGUGGUGGAGUGCUCAACGCUGAAGGUCUUCCCGGAGCCAUCGUUAACGCUCACGGUGAACGACAUGCUCGUUGAUACGGGUACGGAGAAGAAGAGACGCAAGGAGGAUGGAAUGUACGAAUCAAUUCUCACUUGGAGAGUACCAAAGUCCCAUUUGGAUCCACCGGUCACCUUCAACUGUGCCCUAACAAUUCCUGGGACAAAUUACACUGCACGACGAGAGACCAUUUACUACGCUGGAUCACCAACAUCAUCUGUUGAUGCUCUCCUGCCGUUGCUGUGGUGCCUCCUUCUUGGCAUCUUAAUUAAUCAUCUCCUCCGGGAGCGUCAACUUGUGUAAGUGACAGCAAGAAUGCUCCACUUGGCAGCCACUUUUUUGGGGCGGACAGUGCAACAAUAUAUAUAUGAGGGAUGCCCUUAAUGUGGAAAAGUUCAUCCAUCGCACUUUUCCACCGCCAAAGCUCAAGAGUGGAGUUGACAUGUUACCCACCCGAAGGACGACGAGUGAAACUCUAUGUGACAGAUAAGUUAUAGUGAAUGUUAUUAAAGGAUAAAAAAUUAAGGAUGUUAACUAAAUGUAAAUAAUAUUUAAAAAAAAAUUAACUGACCAAAAAAAUAUUGGAGGGAAAAAUGAAAAAAAUCAUCAAUGGAAAUCUCUGUUUUUGGUGGUUGAGCUUUAUUUUUUUCUGCAAAAAAGAAAGCUUUGUUUUUGUUUUUCCACGAAAGAAAUAAUAUUUUAAUAUUGUAUUUAUUUUCAUUCAUAUGGAAAUUGUUUUUUUUUUAUUUUUGGAGAUGGUAGCUUAAUAUUUUUCAUUAUUAAACUUGCAAUGUGACCAAUAUAAAGUAUUUUAUGCACAGAAAAUGAGAAUUUUUUGCGCAUUUUACAAAUUCAUUUUUAUUUCUUGGAAGGGUUCAUUUUUCACAAAAUCAUUUGAUAAAUUCUUUUUUAGGUCCAGAAAAAUUUUCUUCAUUUCAUAAUACAAAAUAGGAACUUAUUUACGUCACAACGUCGCGUAAACAUGCGUAAUCUUAUCAUUUUUAGAUCGAUUUUUCUACCGUCUUGAAGAUUUAAAAUUUGCAUCACCCAUAUACAUAGCAAGAGAAAAAAUAUUUGAGAAUAAAUAAAAGAGUCAUUAAAUGUACUAAAUGGAAAUAGAUGUUGAGUAAACAUUUAAAAAUAAGAUAUUCACAUUGAACUGAAACAUUAUAGCGAUCUUAUAAAUUAAAACAAAAUAUUUUUUUCAAAAAUCAUAUUCUUCAAACAAUUUUUUUAAAUCUUAUUUUUCUCGGGCUAAAGAAUCCUUAAAAAAUGAUUUUGGUUCUAAAUAACAGACAGUAAUGGGAAAAGCAAAGCAUCAACACGUCCGAAAGUGAACGAAAAAAGGAACUAAUGAAAAAAAUUAGCUAUAGUUUUAGUGAUAAAUUGAAAGAAUAUGAAAAGUAUUUAGCUUUCACACGUCUACGAGUGAAAACUAAAAGAGAAAAAAAUCUACAAUUAUGGCCUUUUUACCUGAAGAAGAUUUUGUCGAAAGAAAUAAUUUUCUCUCCAAAAUUAAAACCAAAAAUUUGUAAAAUAAUAGGUUAUGUAUUAAAUUGGAAAAAAAAAAAUUGAAAAUUGUACAUUGGCAUAUUUCUAUAUAUUGUUGAAUUUUAUCUAAUAAGUGAGAAAAACGUGAAAAUAAAGUAAACGAAGGACUAACGAAAAAAAAGUUAAGAAAAUUCGCGAAAAAUGCUAUUUGCAUUUUUUUUAAUUUUCUUUUUAAUUUUUUUUUAAAGAAUUCUAUCGUUCCUAAUUCUUCUGUUAGAAAAAAUCGCAAAUAAAUAAUUAAAAUAUAUCUGAUUUUAAUUAUUUAUUCGAUAAAUGUAAACGAUUUCAUUAUAAUUAACAAAAAAAUAAAACAAAUAAUUACAAUAACUAAUUAAACACAAUUCAUCGAUACUUAAAAAAUGAAUUUAUAAAUAAAAUUUAAAUUGCUUUUGGGGAAACACCGUUGGUGUAUCAUGCUUUAAAAAUCACCCAUUUAACAAUUUCUCUCUGUUUACUCUCAAUGGUGUUAAUGUAAAUUUUAUUUUAAAUUCAUCCAGUGAAUGUUAUUGAAAUUUAUGCUACAACUUUUUUUUGUUUAAUAAUUUGUUUGUGUACAAUAUAUUUCGCCCCAGUGUCAAUACCAUCGAAAAUAAAAACGAGUUGAAAAGUAUUGAAAAGCGAUUGCGAGAUAUGCUCGUGCCAGAGAUUAGUAAUGUGGGUAAUUUUAUUUUGCAUUGUGUGGUUUUGAUUGUUAAGAAAUCCAUCCAAGAUCAAGUGAUAAAAAAGAUAUUUUUCAUAUAAAAUCGAAUAGUUUUAAAUCAAUUUUAAUAAUUUUUUUUUUAAUUUAAAUUUUUCUCUUUAUGCUGAAGUAUUUGGGGGCUAUCGGGAUACACUGCAAUGUGAGGGCAUUUUAAAAAAUUUAAAAAUGUCUGUAUCAAAUUCUCAUUAAGGGAGAAGGACUCAAAAAUCUAUCAAUUCCUAUACUAGAACAUCCAUUGUAGGUAUCACUUGUGAUUAGACUCUGAUAUGAAAUGAAAAACCGUUCUAUAUAAUUUUUCUACAAGUUUCUCUCUGCUUUUGUGUGUAAAAACAUUGUUUAAUUCAGGAGUUUUUCGGGAAUUAUUGUCAAACACAUAUACACAAAAAUGUAGAAAAGUUUUAAGGAAAUAAUGAAUAGAAAAAUUUCAUUUUAUAUCAGAAUUUAACCACUGUAUUGCUGACGGCAAUAACUAUGUGGACUGUAUGGGCUAUUGUUCUAUAUAUUUCAGUCAAUGUAGGUGGGAUCUAUGCAGGAGGGUGGGCGGUGGUUGAAGAUCUAUAAAGAAUUUUACAAAGGGUUUAAAAUUAUCUCUAAACUAUCCUAACAAAUGUCUUCUUACAUUUUUCUCGACUGAGCUUCUUCGAACUCCCUUAUUUCCACCUUUCCGGACGUAUUCUAUUUUCUCUUUAAUUCCUGUUCAACAAAAUAUAUAAAUGAAUUUCCCUUCCUGUUUCUACUUAACCUCACUUUUACCUGGGCGAUUUUCCUACUCCUUUUCAGCGGGUAUUUGUCGUCUUCCGCUAUAUCCUACCUACAAAAUACAAUCUAUAAGAAUUCUUCUUUUGAUUUCAUAUAAAUUUAACAACUUACGGCUAUUUUUACUCUGAUAAUUCCUUUUUUUCCUCGCGAUAAUUUCAACAAGUUUUUCCUCUGGCUAUUUCAUCACAAAAAUGGCUAUUUUCGCCCAGGCCUAGUUUGUUCUAAAUUCAAAUUCAAACUUCUACCGUUAACAUUUCUAACACUCUGGCUGCUUCUUCAUUAUUCUUCAGAUAUAUAAAACUUAGAGUUAUUUUAAACGGUCAAAAAUCAUUUAAAAAAAUUCCUUUUAGUUGGCCUUGGAUGGAUUUUAAACAAUUCCAAAUAAUCAAUGAUAAAUAUAGUAAAUAGCUCAUAAAUUUCUAAUGAAGAGCUAAUAAAUUGUGAGAGGAUGGAAAAUUGACGUGGAUCCUCCAUUAAAAUACAGAGAAAGAAAAAAAGCUACAUACCAUAUUAAAUUUGAUGGCUAAUUUGCAUAAAACACACUGUUCUGUGUAGAUGAAAAAAAAAACUGAAUGAAAAUUUUGUCGAGAGGAUUAUGCGAUGCGCGAUGGUGAUGCGAAAACAUAGGAAUAAUAUAGUAAUAUAAAUAUAGUGAAAAAAAUAUUUAUGAUAAAAUUAUGGAGAUGUGAUAUUUUGUGUUUCUGCAUCAUUGAACCACAAUUGGAAUUUAUCGGAGCAUUGCAAAAAUAUGCAGUGUGAUAACAAUGAUGGGGAUUUUGCAUUGAUGCAUUAUAUUUGAAAAAAAAAAAAAAACUGAUGGUGAAUCGCACACAGUAGAAUCAUUUGCAGAUAUUUUCAUAAAAUCAUCCCCCAUCGAAUUAUUACUGAAUUAAACAAAAAAAAAAGGUUGAAUGGUCUCCCGCAUGCAGAACUGAUUGGCAAGGAGAGGAGGAGAAAAAAAUUGUUUAUGUCGCUAUAGUGGAAGAGAAUUAUUUGUAAAUAAAAUAUAUUUAAAUGAGAUGAUGUAAAAUGAAACAUAAAUUUUCAAUGGAAACCCA